AUGGCGUCCUCUACCACCAUGCCUCCUCCUCCCACUCCUUUUGCUCAUCGCCGUACUCCUCGACUCAUCACCAAGGGUCUCUCUGCGUCUUCUCCCACUUCGUCAGAGUCAUCAGCAUGCAUCUUGCAUAAGAUGUCCCUGUCCAAGGGCGCCACUUUCCACUACUCGUCCUCGCCGGCCACUGAGGAUGACCCAGUGCUCAGCAUUCCACACCUGACUCGUCGCUCUCCAACAUGCUCUCAGUCGACUCUCACUAGCUGGCUCUCCGAAAAGGAAGACGUUGCCCAGUCUAUCGCAGACUUCGAACAAACCUUCUCUGGCGCCCGGGGCCGAAAGACAUCCAGCCGUCGUCGCUCCACCCAACCGCUUGAUCAACAGGUCUGGGUCCGCCGCGUCACGCUACCUUCAGACGAAGGGUUGGGCUCAUCCAUCAGCCCCGCAAGUGACAAAGGCCUAGCCAAGACAUUCGAAAGAGCUUUGGAUUUGUUGUCGAAUAAGGACAGUGGGCUGGGUACUUCCAUCAGUGACUCAGCCGAGAAAGUCGUGGGAACCGCCGCCGAAGACGACGGUCUUGCACAAGCAAUUCAAGGUUGGAUUGCCCGCUGCAUGUUGAUGUGUGAAGACAGUGUUAACCAACCUCCUGCAGUAGCUGACUCUCCAGACGCGACAACUCGACGCACUAGGCAGCGAGGCAGUCUCCCCUCAUCUAGGACUUCCAGCACAGUUACCCGAUCCGCUGUCACGCAGAGCAUCGCUCCGCCUACCUUUCGACCUGCCUUGCGUCACCCCGCAUUGAGUCCUUCCGCACGGAAGAAGAUCAAGGACUAUAUAAUCACCCCUAUCCUUCGAGAAGACCGAUUCGAGGACUUCCAUCCUCUGGUCACUGCUCUUGGAUCCAAAAACAACAAGGCUGUCAGAUGCUUGCGUGACCUUGAACAAAGCCUCAUCUUCCAACCACUGGUAAGCACCCUCACUGUCGAGUGCCUGACACAGUCUGACAUCGACCACAAGACACUUGCCAUCUCCAGGCAAUUGUAUCGCAUCUUUGGCGAGUUCACGAUCCAACUUGUUGUCGAUACCUAUCAGCAUCUUGCUGAGUCUGAACAACGUCGUGCUGCCGACCGCCCGUACGACAACGGUUACUUCCUUGACCUGGUCCAACAAGUCAACCGACUAGCUGCGCAUAUCGGCUCUUCCAGUCGCGCUCAGCAGGCGGGCACUGCUGAGGAAGACGACGACAUGGCUCCCUCCAUCGAUGACGAGGUCACCCUUGAGGGUGGCCUUGGUGAGACUGGCAAUGAGGCUGAGCUCGUUCGCUGGAAGAACGGCAAGGGGUACUCUCUCCGGACUGGUUUGCCCUAUGUGCCCACUCCUGGAGUCAAGAGAGCAAGCAGUGAGGCUCUCGAUGAAGAUGUGGCACGCUCCAUGGCUCGCAGAAAGAAGGGCUACAUCCCGGAGAUUGUCGAGAUGAAAUGCUCCGACCCUACCUGUGACAAGAUCUUCAACAGGAAGUGUGAUCUGGCUAAGCACGAGAAGACUCAUUCUCGUCCUUUCAAAUGUCCUGAGACGAGCUGCAAGUACCACGAGCUUGGCCUUCCAACUGAGAAGGAACGUGAACGGCAUAUCAACGACCGUCAUUCCAAGAAUCCUGUCUUCUAUAAGUGCGAUUUCUGUGAGUUCCGAACCAAGCGUGAGAGCAACUGCAAGCAGCAUCAGGAGAAGAAGCAUGGUUGGCACUAUGAGCGUGCCAAGGGCAAAGACAAGGCUGUCACCAAAAUGACGCCGGCGCAGACCCCACGGACUCCCAGCAUGGAUUACUCCCCAAGCCCAGCGGUCUCCAUCAGAACUUGGGACGACGCAAGCUCGGUUGCAGGCAGCAUUGCUGGAAGCAUGCCAGGCAGCUCUUCCAUGACUCCAUUCGAGCAGCCCGUCAACGCUUUCGACAAUUUCAAUUCCACGCCGGUCACCUACUCCAACCCGAUCUUCCCACGAAAUCCCCCAGCAGCACCAUACAACCCAGCGGGUGAUGAUUUCGACUUCAAUGCCCCCUUCCAGAGCACUUACCAGCCUGCUCAGUAUCCCAACAUGAUGACUACGCCUAUCACACCGACAUACAGCAACAUCACCGAACCGUCUCCAUACAACACGGCAAUGGACAUCACAUUGGAUUGCAACAACCAGACUUCUUGGAAUCAGGGGUUACCGACGCCGAGCUCUUAUUUCCAGCCCAACUCGCGCAACCCAUCCAUCUCCGAGCAUUCUCCUAUGAUUGCUGGUCCUUCAGGACAGUCAUUCAAUGACGCCCCAUUGAUUGGCUCGGACCCGGAGUUCCUUCAGAAUGACUUCUCCCUCUUCGGAGGUGAAGGGAGCAAUGCCUUUUCCAACCCGGCUGCCGCCACGGCGACUUUGUUCCCUGGUGGACCGGAGGCCUUUGCUACACUCGACAAUGAUCCCAUGUUCGACCAGCCGUGGAACGAUAGCGAUUUCAUCGACUACGACAUGAUCAACUAG